GUAGUACCAAGCAUCGACCCCAUUUGGAUCAUCACCAUGUCCCGCUUGGUGAACGGCGUAAAGUCCUUCUCCACUGCGGCCUCCUCGCUGUUUGCUGAUGCCUCGGCGGCAGCCACUCGGUCGGCUCGUCAACCCUCCUCGUUUCAAGUCUUCCGUGACGUUCCCGAACUUCGCCAAUUGCGUCGGCAACUAAUUCGAAAUGAUCGCACCGUGGGCUUUGUGCCCACAAUGGGCGCCCUACAUGAAGGCCACCUGUCGUUGAUUCGAGAGGCCGCCCGAGAGAACACUGACGUCUUCGUCAGCAUUUACGUCAAUCCGACUCAAUUUGGUGUCAAUGAAGAUCUGUCGAGCUACCCUCGUACCUGGGACAGUGAUGUCGAAAAUCUGGAGAAGCUCAAUGAGGAGCUAGGUAGCUUGGGUGCCGGCACGGGACGAAUUACCGCCAUCUUCGCCCCGACCUCGAAAGUCAUGUACCCUACAUUGCCACCUUCGUCUGAAAUCGACGGACACGGCUCAUUCGUCACCAUCACCCCGCUUGCGAGAAAGCUUGAAGGCGUUUCUCGCCCGGUCUUCUUCCGAGGCGUUGCGACGGUUUGCAUGAAGCUAUUCAAUGCGACUUCACCCGAUCGUGUCUACUUCGGCCAGAAGGACGUGCAACAAACUGUGAUCAUCAAACGAAUGGUCAAGGAUUUCCUCAUAGAUACUGAGAUUCGGAUUGUUGCAACUGCGCGUGAAGCUGAUGGACUGGCCCUGAGUUCUCGGAAUGUUUACCUAGGAGCUCGCAGGCGAGCUGUGGGCCUCACCCUUUAUAAAGCUCUGAGUGCUGCAGCGGAGGCAUACAAGGCAGGCAAAGUCUCCCGCGAUGAUAUUCUGGGAGCUGCUCGGGGUGUUGCUGAACAAGUGCUGUCUGAACAGCAGGCGCUCUCUCCGGUGGAGCGGGCUUUGUACGAGAUUGACUAUAUCUCUCUUGCCGAUCCCGAGAGUUUGGAGGAGCUGGAUGUCGUCGAUAUCCACAAGGGCGCAGUCCUGAGCACAGCCUUUAAGAUGGCUCCUCUGGAGGAGACCAAGGCUGGGGAGGACUGCGGCUUGGGAGAUGGAAAGGUCCCGGUACGGUUGAUUGACAACAUGAUCCUCCAGCCCCUGGCUUGAUUGGGGGAAUUAAUUGCAUGGUGAUGUCUUUGUAAAUAUACAUCUGCUUCUCAUUUAGCGUCAAAAGCACUCAAAAAUCUACUAAAUAGAUUAUUCC